UCUCAACUGAGAUGGCCGUGAACCUCCCCAUCUUAUCAAGCUUCAUCACCACGCCGUCUGAGAUACCCAGUUGCGAAAAUGCCUCUCCAUCUGCUGGGGAAAAAGUCCUGGAACGUUUACAAUGCAGACAACAUCGCCCGGGUCCGCCGAGAUGAGGCCGCCGCGAAGGCCAAGGAAGAGGCCGAGGAACAGCGCAUGCAAGAAAUUGAUGCAGAGCGCCGCCUAGCCAUCCUAAGAGGUGAAGAGCCACCGCCUCUGCCCCCAACAGAGACACCUGAAGAUGAGAUAAAGCCUCGGGACCGCGAUGCUGUGCCCAUCGGUAGGGAGAGGAAGAAGCGUAAGCGGGUGGGCGAGGACGACACGGAUUUUGAGUUACGUGUCGCGAAAGAACGCGCAGCUGCGGUGCAGACUGCCACCCAAACGCUGCGUAAGUCGACGAGUUCUGCGCCCAUCGUCGACAACGCCGGCCACAUUGACCUCUUCGGUGAAGAACGCAAACAGGGCCGCCAUCUGAAGAAUGAAGAAGCCGAGAAGGAGGCCGCCAAGAAGAAGAAGGAACUAGAAGACCAAUACACCAUGCGGUUUUCGAACGCUGCAGGUAGAGACGGGCUGGUCGGUCCUUGGUAUGCAACCUCUGGGGCUAUAUCAGAACUCGAACCCCCGAGUAAGGAUGCAUGGGGUAACGAAGACCCCGGGAGGAAGAAGAGAGAUGCCGAGAGAAUCGUUUCAAACGAUCCUCUUGCCAUGAUGAAAAUGGGUGCUUCGAGGGUGCGCGAAGUUAAGAAAGAACGCCAAAAGUCUGAGGCUGAGCGACAAAGAGAACUGGAGCAACUACGAAGAGAGGAGAGACGCAAAGAGAAACACGAACGGCGAAGACGAGAACACAAAAAGGGUGAAGAUCGAUCCGGGAGAGACGGGUCUCGUGAAGAGGAUCGGGAUGAGGAACGACGUCGAUCAAGGAAAGAAGAUGACCGUCAUCAUAGAUCGAGCCACCGAGACGAUGAGCGCUCACGAAAUAAGGAUCGCUGGCACGGAGAGAGAAACCACCGACUUGAACGAAGGCGCGGCGACAACAAGAGCCGAAAAACAGAAACACGAGGUCGGGAUGAAGCAGGACAUCGAUCAGAGAGUGAAAGGCACAAGCGAGACUCUGACUCACGACGACGCGAUGAAUAGGGGCGUCGACCAGAACUCGAUGAGGGGAGCAAGCAUUGACUACAAAAGGCGUGAGAAAUAUCUACAACUACAUAAGUGUUGACAGCGACCCACUGGGGUUGUGCGUACAACUUGUACGGAAGAUCUUGUCCAAACCUUCGUGGUCUUGGUAUUUCGGACGUCUUGCAGCCAGACGCUAAUAGGGAGUUCCGAAAAAGUCCUCCUUGAACAUGGUGUUGAAUGCUUUGCCCUC